GCUGUGGGGCUCGCCGCGGAUGGGAUGGAGCGGGACCUGCUCCGCCAGGCGCUGGGUUUCCACGGCCCCGCGCUGCUCUCCCUGCUCCGCACCGAGCAGCGCGAUAACCCCGACUUCCGGGGCCUCCUGCCCCCCGCGGGCCCCAGCCUGGAGCCGUCCCGGGAAGCCCAGCACCAGCCGCCCGCCAGGAAAGAGAAGAGAAUUGAUAACAUUGAGAUACAACACUUCAUUGCAAAAAAAGCUGAUCUCCUUUUUGCUCUUUCAUGGAAACCAAAUGUAUCAACAGAUUCAGAAUCAAAUGAAGAGAAUGAAGAUUGUUAUGCUGUUAUGCCACCCCUGGAGCAGUUCAUGGAGGUGCCAAGUGAGGACAGGAGGGAGCUGUUUUUCCGAGACAUUGAGCGUGGCGAUGUUGUGAUCGGAAGGAUUAGUUCUAUUCGUGAAUUUGGCUUUUUCAUGGUGUUAAUCUGUCUGGGCAGUGGCGUCGUCAGAGAGAUCUCGCAGUUAGAAAUCACUGCUCUUUGUCCAUUGAGAGAUGUGCCUUCUCAUAGCAGCCAUGGUGAUCCUUUAUCAUAUUAUCAAACUGGAGACAUUAUACAAGCUGCAAUCAAGGACAUUGAUCGUUACCAUGAAAAACUCACAAUAUCACUGCACAGCUCUGCUCUUCCACCCAGUCUAUCUAGUACUAAACUGGGGGUAAUUAGUUCUGAAGACUUGCCUUUACAUUAUAGGAGAAGUGUUGAAGUAGCCAGUACUUCGGAGACGUAUGAAAAAGUCUUACAUCAUUCCUUGGGAUUUGCUAAUCCAUCAGUAGUUGAAUUUUUAUUAGGAAAACUAGGACUAAGUGAAUCCAGCCCUCCAUCGUUAAUGAGAGGCCUGCAAAGCAAAAGCUUCAAUGAAGAAGACUUUGCCUUUGCAUUGAGGAAAAAGCAAUCUGCAUCUUGGGCCUUGAAAUGUGUGAAGAUUGGGGUUGAUUAUUUUAAGGUUGGCCGCCACGUGGAGGCUAUGAAUGAAUACAACAAGGCCUUGGAAAUAGAUGCACAAAAUGUUGAAGCCUUGGUAGCUCGUGGGGCACUUUACGCAACAAAAGGAAGCUUAAACAAAGCCAUAGAUGAUUUUGAAGUUGCAUUAAAAAACUGUCCAACCCAUAGAAAUGCAAGGAAAUACCUAUGUCAGACACUUGUGGAAAGAGGAGGCCAGUUGGAAGAGGAAGAUAACCUAUUAAACGCUCAGAAUUAUUAUAAGAGAGCUUUAAUUUUGGAUGAAACUUUUAAAGAAGCGGAGGAUGCCUUACUGAAACUCCGUAAACAUAUGCAGAACUGGACCGUUGCUGCUGUGUCUGACAUCUGGUGUUGCUCAUCAACAACAACCCACUGGAACAUGAUAUCUUAUGUAAUCAUGCAUCAAACUGGGCUGUGGUACAACUACAAAAUGAAAUCUUUGGAAAUGAGGGAGAAGCAAGCGGCAAAAGAAGAGAGACAGAAGGAAAAGAAAAUAGAAACAAGUGCACAAAAACUGCGUAAGCUCUUAAAAGAAGAAAAGAGGCUGAAGAAGAAAAGGAGAAGAUCAACUUCUUCCUCCUCCUCCUCCUCAAGUGAUUCCUCAUCUGAUGUAUCAGUUUCAUCCUCUUCCUCCUCUUCUGAUCACAAAAGGCACAAGAAAAGGAGUAGAAAUCGAUCAGUGUCCUCUUGCAGCUCCAAAAAACAUUCAUCUAGGGUUUCUUCGCAUCAGCGAGAUCAGAGUAGGAAAGAUGAAUGGUACUCGCCCCCAGCUGAUACCUCUGCUUCCUUCCUUAACCAAAAAUAUGAAAUGGAAAAACUGCUGGAGCGGCAGGACAGAUUAGUAUAUCAAAAGACAGAGGUGAGAGAGAGACAGUGUUCUCUAUCAAGGACUUCUGCUGAUGAAGAAGACACUUUUGGAGGUAGGUCUGAAGAUUCAAGGGAUUCUUAUGGUAGCUCCAAGACUCAGUCAACCAGCAGCAAAAAUGAAAAACAGGGUAAAGCAGACAGAUCCUUCUCUAAUAGGAGGAGUUCCUCAGGUUCAUAUCACUGGAAGUCAGAUGAUAAAAUCAAUACACAUGAUUUUAGAAAGUUAGAAAAGGAAGUAGCGGGGAGAAAAGAGCAGUUUAGAAAGCGUGGUUCCAGUCAGAGCAUGUAUUCCACUUCUCCAGCAGGGUCAGAUUACUCAGGCAAGUCAGUAGAAAAGAAUAAACAGUACAGCAGCACUUGGUUAUGUGAGUACAGUGGAAGUGAUGAUGGUAGCAGACGUGAGUUAACCCAGAGUACAAAUGAAAGGAGAGAAUAUAAAAAUAGGGACAGUAGUCAUGGGGAAGCUACUAAAGCAAAGGAGCUGGAUGAGGAAACUACACUCAAUGGUAAAGGGCAAUCAGAAAGUGGUGUUAAAAAGAGCCUGCCCCAGAACUUACUCAACAUAUUUAAUCAGAUUGCUGAAUUUGAGAGACAAAAAGGAAGUAAGCAGAAAAACCAAUCAAGUACCUGAGAAAAUAAUGUUAUUACGCUGGAUACAGUUAAAGGAUUUUCUUUAGAUCUUGAAUUGCUCUUGAGCUUGUGCCCUUAAAAUCUGUAUGAGAAAUGGACAGAACAGAGUCUGUUUUUCUGUCUUGCAAAUGUUUAAAGAUUGGUAUUAGUCAAGUUACAAGAGAUCUUUUUGACAGACAGGUAUAUGCAAGAGUAUUGUGUUAUAUAUCAGACAACUUUUAAGAGCAUAGGAUCGGAGAUUUUUUUUUUUAAAACUUAGGAUACUCAUGUAUAAUUAACAUUGUUUAUAACUAGGUGAUUGGAUGAAAACUUUACUCGUUGCUACCUUAAAAUAUCGCUAACUGGCAUCAAGUUUGCACUUUAAACACACCGGUAUCUUUUCUAAGAUACAAAAAUGGUAACACAAUAGUAUCAUUAAACCUAAUUUUUAGCUGUUGAAAGGGAUUAUUUGACUGAAUGAUGCACAUGUGCCAGCAAUGUAUAUAACUUUUGUUUAAUGAUUUAAUCAUUAAAUUUUAUUAAAAUUUGCUCAUUUUGUUUAAUGCCA